AUGUCUCUCUUUGUGAUACUGGGACUGCUGGUCUGCAUAGAGGCACAAGAGCCCAGUGCUGUGACUCCUGUGUUUGUGAAGAAGGGAGAGGAUGUGCUUCUGAAUGUCACACUAGCUGAUGAUCCUAAAGACGAUGCUGUUUUCUGGAGAUUCAAUAAAACAGUUAAUUUAGUAAGAUUUUUAGCUGGUACAGAAACAAAAGUCUUUGACGAUUACUCUGGAAGGAUUGAGUUGCUUGAGAACUACUCUGUGAAAUUGAAGAAUCUACAAGAGGCAGACAGUGGAGUUUAUAUUGCAGUAGUGUCUAGGGAUAAAGAAAAACAAAUAACUGGAUACAAGAUCACAGUCCAAGAUCCAGUGUCUCCAGUUAAACUGUCAGUGGACUCUGUGUCUAACAGCUCAGACUGGUGUAACCUGACAGUGAGCUGCAGAGCACAGGACUCUCACAUUAACAGCACCUUUAGAUGUGAGCCCCACACCUGCAGUCAGGAGGGAGGAGAGAGAUCACAGGUCACACCCUCUGCUGCUGAUCUCCAUGUCUACCUGUCCAAUGGCUCCAUCAUCUGUAACCAUAGCAACCAGGUCAGCUGGACCAAAGACAUGAAAACAAUUCAAUAUGUCUGCUCCCAACAUACUGCAUCCUCUGAUCUCAACUACUAG